UUACAUACAAUUCUUAUAUCAGUACGGUACUUGGUGUCAUCGGAUAAUGUCCAACACACCAAUUCGCCCGAUACCCAUUAUGAAAGCAAUUUUUGCAGAGCCGCGAGCUACUCAGGGCCGCAAUUUUCUCAUGGAGAAUAAAGUGAGCUUGCACUUGCUUGAGAAAACAACAAGUGAAAAACUAGCCGCCAAGGAACCAGUGCGUCCCAAGUGGAUGCCAGCUAUAUGCCGCCAGGGUCCCAAGGCACUGGAAUCGAAAGCAGGCAGACCCCCGGUAUUGGUAUCCAAAAGAAACAACCAGAAAGUCAGUCUGAAACGCAACAGCAACAACUCGCAUUCGCAUCACCCAUUGUGUGACCCCGUGCCAGAGUCUGACUUGGAAGACAGCAAUUCUGUGUUGCACGACCCGUCGGAGGAAACACAGGAAGAGAUUGUGCAGUCGCCGGACACUUAUUCCACGAGCACUGGCAUACAAACGGAAGAUAUCACCGAUGUACUCUAUCUCACAAAUGCCCUUAAAAAAUGCAGCUUUGAUGGUAUAUCUAUGCAGUCCAAUCAGUACGAUAAUAACGAAGACGAGGAUUUGCUGUCACUUCGCACAAACGGCAAACAGCACCGUCGCUUGGACGUGAAAGAAUUGAACACAAUGCCCUUACCCGACGAUGAUCUCAAAACUGACGUAUUUUCGAAUGAGGAAGGUCUGCUCAGUGCCCACAGCCGCUUUACAGUGGCCACAAAGGCAUCAAAUGCUAGCACCAAGUCGAUAACAUCCAAAUGCGGCGAGCACAAGCUCGGAUCACGCGACCAGUUGCGUCCUCCACGGUAUCUAGAGAAGGAAAAGCGCGAAAAGGGCGCAGCUGCAGCCGCGACCAAGAAGCUUGACGAUACACGUGCUCCGGACUGUCGCCGCGGUCACAUGCCCAUCACCGCACAGACUUUGUCGGUGCGCAGCCGCAACGCUGAAAUCGGAAAAGGAGCUGGCCAUCGUAAAUGAAUCUAUAAGUUGUACAAGUAACCACCCAAAGCUAACUAUAUUGCAA